AUGAACAUCGAUACAAGUGAUAGUGAUGGUAGCGGAGAUGAUUGGGAUGAAUUAAAAGAAGACGAAUUAAUAAAUAUUUCUUGUUUAUUUUGCAAAGAUGAGUUUCAAGGUUAUAACGAUGCUUUGAAUCACCUCAAGUUACAACAUCUAUUUGAUAUGCCAAAAUUAAUAAAGGAUUAUCAGUUAGAUGAUUAUUCUUUUAGAAAAUUUAUUAACUUUGUCAGACAGCAUAAAUUAACGCCAAAUGAUAUUGGGUCAAUUAAAUGUGAUACAUGGGAAAAUGAUAAAUAUCUAACACCCAUUAUUCCAGAUGAUGCUUGGUUGAUGUUCGAUAUUGAAGAAUUGGAUGACAACUUGAUCGCAAAUCACCGUUCAAUCGAAGUAAUCGAAGAAGUUAAUGAACCUCACACACCAACAAACAAUGAAAGAUUAAAUUCUUACCCCGUAAAUGCUGAAAAUGGCUGUGUUACAUUAUCAGAACAGCAUUUUGUCGAGUUACAAAAAACAAUUAAGGAAUUGAAAUUACAAUUAAAACAACGUGAAGCAGCCUAUUUUUGUGCUAAAGAGCAAAUUGAAGAAAUGCAAAAAAAAGUACAAAAUCUAAUUAUUGAAGAUGAUGUAGAUAUACCUAAAAGAUUAUUGAAUAGUACAGGUGUGCUUAACGACGACGGCUAUUUCAAUACUUACAGCCAUUUUGCUAUUCAUCACGAAAUGUUAACGGAUACAGUGAGAACAGAAAGUUAUCGUGAUGCACUUUUAACCAAUUCUCAUUUGUUUAAUAAUUGUACGAUGCUGGAUGUCGGUUGCGGUACUGGUAUUUUGUCAAUGUUUGCUGCCAAAUCAGGAUGUAAAAAAAUCAUAAGUGUGGACCAAUCUGAUGUUAUUUAUCAUGCGAUGGAUAUCGUCAGAGAAAAUAACUUGAAUGAUGUAAUUGAAUUGAAAAAGGGACGAUUAGAAGAUAUUGAUCUUGGAAUUGAUAAAGUUGAUGCAAUUGUAUCAGAAUGGAUGGGAUACUUUUUACUAUUUGAAGGAAUGUUGGAUACAGUGAUUUACGCCCGUGAUCAUCAUUUAAAAGCUGGCGGAAAAUUGUUACCUAAUCGUUGCACUCUUAGUGUAGUGGGUAGUGGUGAUACGAAACGUUACAUCGACCUUGUAGAUUACUGGUCGAAUGUUUAUGGAUUUAAAAUGAGUUGUAUGAAAGCCAAAGUUGUCAAGGAACCAAGUAUCGAAAUUUCUAAUGUCAAAGAUAUCGUUACAAACGUAUCGCUGAUUCAAAAUUUCGAUCUUUAUACAGUUGAUACGAAUUGCGUGAAUUUUACUGCGCCUUUUGAGUUUAAUAUUAAAAAAACUGGCUCACUUACUGCUAUUAUUGGAUAUUUUGAUGUUUUCUUCGAUCUUGACAAUCCAGUCAAGUUUAGUACGGGACCACAUAGUCAGCCUACUCAUUGGAAACAAACAGUCUUUUCCCUCAGUGAACCAAUCAGCAUUACCGAAGGUGAAAUAAUCAAUGGGAAACUGAUUUGUCAACGACAUCCAAAAGAUAAUCGUGCAUUAAUAAUUACUAUUGUAAUUAAAAAUCACAGUCAAGUUUACUAUCUUGAUUAG